GCAAAGCCUUUUCCUGCUGUUCGUUCCAAAACCGCGAUUCCCCUCUGUCUCUCGCUCGGUUCUUCCAUCAGCUUGGAAACCCUAGCGCUGCUCGGCCAUCCUCCGCUUCCACCGUUGCCGCCGCUGCCGCGAUGCUUUCCUCCUUCGUCUUCGCCGGUCAGAUCCGGUUCCUGCUGCACAGCGUGAACGAGUUCAACUUCGACUCCACCCUCCGGGAACUCUUCCAGCUCGUGGAGUGUGGAAGUGAUGGCAGCACCUUCUUGCUUCAGAUGUGUUUGGAUCAAAUUUUAGUUAAAGAUGGAGAUAUUCCUCCGCUGAAAAAAGAUUUGGUUUCUUCUGUUGUGAGAUAUUUGCUAGACAAACCACAUUUCAGUACAAACCUUUCUGAAGCUUUGAGUAGCAUUUCGAUAAAUGAAAGUCUCCUUGAAGAUAUUUCAAACACACUGGGUAUGUCAGUGGCUGAGAAAAUAGGCGUUGGGCUUGCUUUAUUGGACUCUAAUAAUCCAGAUUUAAAGAUGAGAGGUCAAAAUUUUUGUAUUGCUCAAAUUGAGGAAUUAUGUGCAAAUCCUUCCUCCACUUUGCACACAGACCAAAUUCAUGAUAUUGUCAUGUUUCUCUAUCGAACUGAAGGGCUUUCAAAGCACAUGGAUUCUUUUACUAGAAUUCUAUCUCUUCUUCAACUGAAAGGGAGAUCUUUUUUCUUGUCAGCCCCGUUGCUGACAAAUGAGAGCAAUGUCGUCAACAAUUUCAGGCAUUUGGAAUUAUUCUCUGGAUGUUUUGACAAUGAUUUUGAUGCUGCAUUAGCUGAAAUUGAAAAGGAGAUUAGCAUGGCUGACAUAGUGGCAGAAUUGGGCUAUGGAUGCACAAUUGACAUUUCUCAUUGUAAAGAGAUACUGUCUCAAUUCCAACCACUCAACGAAGAGACAAUUUCAAAGUUAAUAGGGAUAAUUGCCUGCAAUCAUUCCAAUCUUGAAGAUCCUCUAAAUGUUCAUGCAACUUUCUGUUCAGCUCUCGGUAGCUGCUUUGCUAGUGAUUCUUCACUAUUGAACACGUGGAAUGUUAAUGUUCUUGUUGAAACAAUUAAGGAAAUUGCUCCAAAGACAAAUUGGGCACUUGUCAUGGAAAACCUUGACCAUGAGGGCUUUGUGAUUCCGGAUGAAACUGCAUUUUCACUUUUAAUGUCCAUAUAUAAAAGUGCAUGUCAGGAUCCUUUCCCACUCCAUGCUAUUUGCGGCUCUGCUUGGAAGAAUGCUGAAGGGCAGCUUUCUUUUUUGAGAUAUGCUGUGUCAGCUCCUCCUGAAGUUUUCACAUUCAAACACUGUUCAAGGCAGCUGACAAUUGCUGAUCUAGAGCAUCUCAAGAAUGGAAAUCAGGCAUGGUUUUGUCUAGAUCUGUUGGAGAUUUUAUGCCAGCUUGCCGAAAGUGGCCAUGCUAGUUUGGUCAGGGUCAUAUUAGAUUACCCUCUUAGUCAGUAUCCUGAGGUUUUACUUAUUGGAGUUGCUCACAUCAGUACUACUUACAAUCUCAUCCAGUAUGAAGUAUCUUCUACAUUAUUUCAUGUGAUUCUACAAGAUCCCUCAAAAAGCAGCAUACUUGCUCAUCUAUGGAAAAUAAAUCCCAACCUAGUUCUUCGAGGAUUCAUAGAAAGCUUGAUUGAUCCCAAGAUUUUAUUUAGGAUUGUGGAUCUAUGUGAUGAUCUGAAGAUUUUAUCAUCUGUUCUGGUCGCAACUCCUUUUCCUUUUAGCAUUAGAUUGGCUGCUGUUGCUUCCAGGAAAGAUCACAUUAAUCUCGAGAAUUGGUUGAAUGAAUAUUUGACUGCAUAUAAAGAUGUUUUUUUUGAGGAUUGUCUGACGUUUCUAAAAGAAGCACUCGGUGAUGCAAUAGCUGAUAUCCCAGAUGUCUCUCUUCCAGAGUCUCGAUCAGCUAUUUUGAAUGAAUAUCAUGAAACAUGUUCAAUAUUCUUAAAGGUUCUCCAGGCACAUUCUGGACAGUUUAUUUCUAACCAGCAUUUUGAGGAAAUAAAGAAACUGCAUGUAUCAUCUAAUCCAAGGAUUCCAACUGUUGAACCAUUGGUUCCGACAGUUUCAGAGGGUGUUUCAGAUGAUAUAGAUGCAGAGGUGAAUACCUAUUUCCAUCAGAUGUUCUCUGGACAGUUGACCAUUGAUGCUAUGAUUCAGAUGCUUGCACGUUUCAAAGAAUCUUCUGAUCCAAGGCAGCAGAAGAUCUUGGACUGUAUCAUUCACAAUCUAUUUGAUGAGUACAAGUUCUUCCCCAAGUAUCCCGACAGGCAACUAAAGAUAGUUGCAGUGCUCUUCGGUUCUUUAAUAAAGCACCAACUGGUGACAGAUAUUGCGCUUGGUAUCGCUUUACGUGGGGUUAUCCAUGCGUUGCGUAAAUCUGUUGAUUCCAAAAUGUUUAUGUUUGGUGCCAAUGCAUUAGAGCAGUUUACAGAUCGUCUAGUUGAGUGGCCCGCCUAUUGCAAUCACAUAUUACAGAUAUCUCAUUUGCGUGGUACACAUGCUGAAUUGGUUUCAUUCAUUGAACGAGCGCUCACGAGGAUUUCCUCUAGCCAGUCAGAGUCAAAUAGUGGUAACCCAAUUAGCAUUGAUCAACAAAGCUCUGGAGCACCUUCUACUGAAACCAUGGAGGCAUCUGAGUCAUCAUGGCACAUGAUGGGUUCAGCUUCUAUCCACCUGGGCCACCAGUUUUCCUCUUUGCAGUUGCAGCAGAGGCAUCAGGGUUUUCUUGGUGAAAAGAGCAAAGCUUCUGCCAUGUCUGCCACUCAUACAAAGCCUCCUUCAUCACAUACUGGGCAAUCUUCAUUUCUUUCUGGAUCGUCAGAAUCAGUUGCUAACCAGAAGAUCACAUCUCAUCAUUCUGUUGCCACACCAGCUUCUGUUACAUCAUCCCCAAAUUUCCUUCGUGCUCGGGGCACUACAGCUUCUGGCAUGCUUCGGCAACCUUCUUACAACACAGGUUUUGGGGCUGCAUUAAACAUUGAAACACUUGUUGCUGCAGCUGAGAGGAGAGAUACACCAAUUGAGGUUCCUCCAUCAGAAAUCCAAGACAAGAUAUUUUUCAUGAUCAACAACAUUUCAACUUCAAACAUGGAAGGAAAAGCUAAAGAGUUCAGUGAGGUUCUCAAGGAGCAAUAUUAUCCUUGGUUUGCACAGUACAUGGUGAUGAAAAGGGCAAGCAUUGAACCAAAUUUUCACGACUUGUACCUAAAAUUCUUGGAGAAAGUUAACUCAAAAAUCUUAAAUAAGGAGAUAGUGAAAGCUACGUAUGAGAACUGCAAGGUGUUGCUAAGAUCUGAUCUUAUUAAAUCCAGUUCUGAAGAACGAUCACUUCUUAAAAAUCUUGGUAGUUGGCUUGGGAAAUUUACCAUUGGUAGGAAUCAAGCAUUGCGUGCAAAAGAAAUUGAUCCCAAAGAAUUGAUUAUAGAGGCUUAUGAGAAAGGUCUGAUGAUUGCUGUAAUCCCAUUUACCUCAAAGAUUCUGGAGCCAUGCCAUUCCAGUUUAGCUUAUCAACCUCCCAACCCUUGGACUAUGGGGAUUCUAAGUUUGCUUACUGAGAUCUAUAAUCUUCCAAACCUCAAAAUGAACCUGAAAUUUGAUAUAGAGGUUUUAUUUAAGAAUCUUAGUGUAGAUAUGAAAGAAGUUAAACCAACAACUCUAUUGAUAGACAAGAUUCGUGAAGUAGAGGGUAAUCCAGAUUUUUCGAAUAAGGACAUAACUGCAGCUCAUCCACCACUUGUUGAAAUUAAUUCAGGAUUAUUGCCUCCAUUGAGUCAUGUAGAAUUGCAAACUGAAGUCAAUAGUUCAUCUCAUCCGGCAGGCCAUCCAAAUGCAAUGGCUCAAUAUACUUCUGCACCACAUAUCACUUCAGGUUCCAUUUUGGAAGAAGACAGAAUUGGAAUUGUAAACGGACCUGAACUAGUUUCAUCCGUUCAGGGAUUGACUGAAGUUACUCCAUCACCUUCCCCUUCCCCUUCCCCUUCCCCUUCACCUUCACCUUCACCUUCACCUUUUUCUCUGAAUCAGCUUUUGACAAUAAUUCCAAAUUCUGAGUCAUAUAUCAAUAUUAAUCCAAAGCUUAGUUCUAUGGGGUCAAACAUGCAGUUCCACAGAAUUAUUCAACUGGCAAUGGAUAAGGCCAUAAGAGAAAUUGUAUCUCCUGUUAUUCAACGAAGUGUUACAAUUGCUAGUAGGACAACAAAAGAACUUGUUUUGAAGGAUUAUUCCAUGGAAACUGAUGAUGGUGUCAUAUCUCGUUCUGCCCAUCUAAUGGUUGGAACUCUAGCUGGAAGCUUGGCUCAUGUGACGUGCAAGGAACCCCUUCGUGUAGCCCUUUCAAGCAAUUUAAGAGGUCUUCUUCAAGCUUUGAACGUGGCAAAUGAUCAUGUUGAACAAAUAGUUCAGAUCCUCACAACUGAUCAUCUUGAUCUUGGUUGCGCUGUAAUUGAGAAUGUAGCAUCAGAGAAGGCUGUUGAAUUGAUUGAUGGAGAGAUGGCCCCUGCAUUUGCUGCCUCGAGGAAACAGAGGGAAGCAUCUGGAUCUGCAUAUUUUGAUACCCUUUCUUAUGCACAAGGGCCACUUUCACGAAUCCCAGAGGCACUUCGUCCAAAACCUGGUCGCCUUUCCAUUCCACAACAGCGAGUCUAUGAUGAUUUUAUCAAGAAUAUUUGGCAAAAUCAGUCUGGUCAGAAUUCAACUACUUCAUCUCUUGGCCUUUCUAGUUUAGGCAGUUCUGUGGGUAAUUCUUCACUGUCACGUGUGUAUGGUGCAAGUUCUGGUAACAUUAGUUCCAAUGUCUAUGUCACUUCGCAAGUAGCUCCUGUUAGCAUGACACAACCCUUCGACCUUACCUUGGAAGAGUCAGAUCGUGGUUCGGUACAACUUCCUAGUGUCUCCCCAAUUUAUGGUGCUGAUGAUAGUCUCAUGCAACAUGGGGUUGAAGUUAGUUCUAUGGUAGCUUCUGUUACUUCUGCUGAUCUACACAUGGUUGAUCCAGCAGUUGCAACCAAAGAUUCGACAAAUGUCUUAGCAUCAUCUUCUUCACCUGGUAUGGACCGUCUUGGAGCUGUUUUACCUGAAUCAUUGCUGAGCACUGGGGAGGCUUUGGAGAAAUACCUGCAAGUUGCUCAAAAGUUGGAAGCGAUGAUUACUGCUGAUGCCAGAGACACGGAAAUUCAGGAAGCAGUUGCUGAAAUUCCAGAAAUCAUAUUGAAAUGUGAAAGUAGAGAUGAAGCCUCAUUAGCUAUAGCCCAAAAGGUUUUCAAGAGCUUGUAUGAAAAUGCAUCAAACACUCUCCAUAUUGCUUCACAUCUAGCAAUUCUAGCAGCCAUACGAGAUGUUUGCAAACUUGUUGUCAAAGAAUUGACAAGCUGGGUAAUUUACUCUGAUGAGGAACGGAAAUUCAACAAAGACAUAACUGUGGGCCUUAUUCGUUCUGAGUUACUCAACCUUGCCGAGUACAAUGUCCAUUUGGCUAAACUUAUAGGCGGGGGGAGAAAUAAGCCUGCAACUGAGUUUGCCAUAUCCCUUGUGCAAACUUUGGCUACUCAGGAACCUGGUGUAAGCAUGUCAGAGCUAUAUAAUCUCAUUGAAGCUUUGUCAAAGUUGGCUAUGAAGCCUGGGUCACCAGAGUCAUUGCAACAAUUAGUGGAGAUUGCUAAGAGUAAUGCAAAUUCUCCUUUAUCUUUGAACAAAGAAGAGAAGAUCAGGCAAUUCAAGGAUAAGAAGGGUCUUUCUGGAGUUUCCUUGACAAACAGGGAGGAGCUUGAUUCUAAUGAACCAUCACCUGCUGAUCCUGCUGGUUUCUAUGAGCAGAUUGCUACCUACUUUACUGAUUGGUGCCGAAUUUGUGAACUUCCCACAACAAAUGAAUCAACCUACAGUCAUUAUAUUUCCCAGCUGCAGCAGAAUGGUUUGUUAAAGGGUGAUGAUAUCACAGACCGUUUUUUUCGCGUGUUCACGGAGUUAGCUGUCACUUAUUGUAAAGUUGUGCAUGAACAACCACAGUUGCUAUCUUUUUUCUCAAUUGAUUCAUAUGCGAAGUUUGUGGUUCUUGUGUUAAAGUACUGUUCUAUGGAUCAGGGAUCAACUAAAUCUCUUCUGCUUCCGAAGAUUUUAUCUGUUACUGUAAGAACCAUCCAAAAGGAUGCAGAAGAGAAAAAACUUUCCUUCAACCCAAGACCAUAUUUCAGAUUGUUUAUCAAUUGGCUUUUGGAUCUAAUUACCCCCGACACAGUUGAUAGUGUCAACUUUCAGGUGUUGACAUCUUUUGCAAAUGCUUUCCAUGCAUUGCAGCCCUUAAAAGUUCCUGGUUGGAGCUUUGCAUGGCUUGAGUUGGUGAGUCACAGAAGCUUCAUGCCAAAACUACUCACGUGCAAUGGUGCCAAGGGUUGGCCAUUCUUCCAGCGCUUGCUUGUUGAUCUACUCAAGUUCAUGGAGCCAUAUUUAAGAAAUGUGGAACUUUCGGAACCGGUGCAACUGUUAUAUAAAGGGACUCUUAGAGUGCUUCUUGUUCUGCUCCAUGAUUUUCCUGACUUCCUCUGUGAUUAUCACUUUAGUUUCUGUGAUGUGAUUCCUUCAAGUUGCAUCCAAAUGCGAAAUGUCAUUCUAAGUGCUUUCCCACGAAAUAUGCGGCUUCCUGAUCCAUCAACUCCCAACUUAAAGAUCGAUUUGCUUCCAGAAAUUAGCCAACCCCCUCGUAUUCUUUCUGAUGUAGAUAGUAUUUUAAAAGCAAAACAAAUCAAAGCUGAUAUUGAUGAGUACCUUAAGACAUCUGAAGUAUCCUCAUUCAUAAGCGAACUGAUUCCGAAAUUACUUCUUUCUCAAAGCGAAGCAAACUUGGCUGGGACUCCUUAUAAUGUACCAUUGAUCAACUCACUUGUUCUUUACAUAGGGAUGCAGGCUACACAAUUACUGCAGAACAAGUCUACUGCAUCCACCCAACAAGUGAAUCACAAUGGUCCAUUGGAUCUUUUCCUAGUUAGCACGCCUAGGGAGAUCUUUCAUAGUUUAAUAAAUAACCUGGACUCAGAAGGACGUUACCUCUUACUAAAUGCAAUCGCUAAUCAACUGCGAUACCCUAACAACCACACUCAUUACUUUUCUUUUGUCCUGCUGUACUUAUUCGCUGAGUCCAAACAGGACAGCAGCAUACAGGAGCAAAUAACUCGAGUGCUGUUGGAGCGAAUGAUUGUUAAUCGUCCCCAUCCCUGGGGCUUACUCAUCACUUUCAUCGAACUGAUCAGGAACCAGCGGUAUGACUUUUGGAAUUGUUCAUUCACAAGAUGCUCUCCAGAGAUUGAAAAGUUGUUUGAAUCCGUGUCGAGGACCUGUGUCGGCCCCAAAACUAUGAGCGACGCAAUGGUAUCGGGUAGUAUCUGAGAUGGCAGCGGUCAUUGAUCUACAUGUAAAGUCUUUUAUAUGAAUCAAGAUAGCCACGAAGGCUGGAAGAACCAUCCUAGAAUUAUCGCCCACGAUAUCACUUGAAGGGUUUCUGGUUCAUUUUGAGAUUCAUUUGUAUAGAAUAAUAAAACCAUAAAAUUGUAAAUAAUAUUUAUGGUCUACAUUUGAAUUACUCGUAAUAAAACUUGUAUUAAGGUAAA